AACUGGGGUAGAAAUCAUAAGGGCAUAGUCUAGUCUAUUAAACUACCUUCCAAAUCCAAUCAAUUUCUUCUUCCUAAGCCUGAAAAGAAACUACUACUAAUAAAGUUCAAUCAACAACAACAACAACAAAAAGAGAUGUAAAAGAAGAGCUUUCUAGUAGGGGCAAACGAAUGCGCUUUGACCCCGGGCUUCCCUUUCAUUACUUCUUUCAUCACGAGAGAACCGCAUCCGCAUCAGUCGAAAAUUAGUUGUAGAAAAAGAUCAAUCCAGUUUGAUGUUCAACAAGUUUAGGGAAGAAAAAAUGACUUGGUAUACUGAAAUCUCAAGCUUUAUGAUCACUAUUUCUAUUGUGAUCAUUUUGGCCUAUUCUUUUCUACAAUCUUGUCCUCCUACAGAAGCAAUAAAAUCAUCCAAUUCGAAUCUUGAUCCUCUUUUUAACUACAGACAAUCACCAAAUUUCAAGAACUCAGCAGAAUGUACAGCAUUUUCCAAGAGUUCAAUUCCCACAAAGAUUUGUAAUCCUUCUCUAGUCCAUAUUUCAAUGACCCUUGACACUAAAUUCCUCCGAGGAUCGGUCGCUGCAAUUCAUUCAAUCCUUCAGCAUUGUCACUGCCCUGAUAAUCUCUUCUUCCAUUUCAUUUCAUCAGACAAGAGUAUAAAUCUUGAACCCCACUUGGCAAAAAUCUUCCCUUUAUUGUCAUUCAAGAUUUACUAUUUCAAUCCAGGGAUUGUGCAGAACAAGAUUUCGUCUAGCGUAAGGGAAGCUCUUGAACAUCCAUUGAAUUAUGCAAGGAAUUACUUAGCUGACCUGUUAGAGCCCUGUGUUGAAAGGGUCAUAUACUUAGAUUCUGAUAUCAUUUUAGUCGAUGACAUAUCUAAUUUGUGGGGAACAAGUCUUGGAUCAACAACUGUGGGUUCACCUCAGUACUGCCAUGCUAAUUUCACCAACUAUUUUACCCCCAAAUUUUGGUCUCACAAGAGGUUUUAUCGCACAUUCCAUGGCCGGAGACCUUGUUACUUCAACACAGGUGUAAUGGUGAUGGAUUUGACAAAAUGGAGGAAGUACAGAUACACAAAGAAGCUAGAAAAAUGGAUGAAGAUUCAGAGAGUGCAUAGGAUAUAUGAGCUUGGUUCAUUGCCACCAUUUUUAUUGGUAUUUGCUGGGAAGAUAGCACCAAUUCACCAAAAAUGGAACCAACAUGGACUUGGAGGGGAUAAUUUGAGUGGAAGUUGCAGAAAUAUACAUGCUGGUCCUGUUAGUUUGUUGCAUUGGAGUGGAGGUGGCAAACCUUGGCUCAGGCUGGACACUGGCAGAUCUUGCCCUCUGGACGAGCUCUGGGCUCGCUAUGAUUUGCACGACCAGAAAUAGCGUUCACCGACUACUUUUAAGCCUUAUAUUUGAAAAAUAGUCAUUAAGCUGGAGUUUCAAAUUCUACGGGUGAAACUUCGUAACAAUAACUAUUUUUCAAUUAUAGGAGCGGUACAGUGGCUAUUUGUGAAAAAAAAAAAAAAUCCCCUUGCAUGGACCUCCUAAGUGAUAACCAGAAAUUUGAUAAUUACAGCACAUACAUUCCCAUUUUGUAAAUCAUUAUCAAUAAUGUAUACUAAUACUACUGUGUUUAAUGUU